GCGUAAUAAAUGUUUUUCACUUCCCCUUUAAAAAUUUUUGCUUUUUCAGUUCUUUUAUUUUGCAGUGUUUGAAGGCUGACUCUCCAUCCAUUUGCUUGUGUAGGAGACCGGUCAGAGGACGUGAACAUAUGAAAGAAGAGCAUCAUUUUGAUCUGAAGCUAUGAAUUUGUUACUUCGUUUACUUUUUCAAGGUGUUCUGCUGUAUGAGACUUUUGCAUGGGAAGUGAGAAUGCCAAAGGAAAUGCAUGCCCUCCAAGGUUCCUGUCUGGUUAUACCGUGCUCUUUCUCUUACUCUUCGUACCCACCUACUAACCCACAUAGAGUUGUGUGGUAUCAGUGGGUGUCGAAAGGCUACCCUUUAGUGUACGAUCCCUGGUAUCCAUAUGACGUCAUUGGCAAGUUCAGAGGAAAAACUGAUUUAUAUGGCAACCCGUCAAAAUUGAGUUGCAGUCUGCUAAUCAAAAGUGUGGAUCGGUCCCACCACGGAGAGAAAUUAUAUGCAUGGAUUGACCCAGAAAAUGUUGGAUGGCGCACCUAUGAGUUUUAUGAGGUCACCUCCACGAUUAUUGUUGACACACAUCCGCCGCAGCCCACCAUCAAUAUUUACGGAGGUGAAAAGACCGGUGACAGCAUUACAGUGACAUGUUUUACCUUCCACACCUGUCCAUACAGCAAACCAAACAUCGUUCUGAACGGUAUUGAAGGAUCUGAUAAAGUAGAUGAUGUUUAUAUUAAAAAUGGUCUGUGGAAAACCAUUCGGACACGCACCGGUGUUGUGAAGGCUGAACGCUCAGAUAUUGAAUGUACUGUAACACAUUAUGGACGCAUCACAACAAGAGCUACAAAGAACAAGAAUUCAGCAUGUAUUCCUUACAGUAUAAACAUUGAGCCUAAACAGGCAGAUGUCACAGAGGGUGUUGCAAGGGAAUUCAAUUGUACCGUCCACCAUUCCUGUCAGACUCCUCCGAUCCUCUCCUGGAACUAUGAGAACAUGCCGGUGAAAAUGGGAAUAAAACAACCUAAAGGGUUCAAAUUGGUCACCAUAAUAUUUUUGGGGGCAAAGAAAGACAACGGGAAGAAAUUGAUCUGCACUGCAAAAUUUUCUGGACAGGACAUCACAGCAUCUGUUGACUUACAUGUGAAACAGUAUGAACCUAAACCAGUGAACAUAACAGACAUAGAGAAAAAUUAUGUCCUGUAUAAGGCAGAUGUGGCACCCAAGAUCACCGCAUUAACCCGUUCCUGUGUGGUGAUACCCUGCACUUUUAACAUGGAAGAGGAACUUGCAGCACAACUUCGAGCUCGUUGGGUCUCGAAAAAAGGUUACAUGUACCACACCGGACCGAGCCGCAUCUUGGACAACUUUAAAGGCCGCACAAGACUGCUUGGAAACCCAGAUGAACAAAACUGUACGGUCGAGAUUGAUGACGUAAAACCCCAUGACAAUGGACCGUUCUGUUUCCAAGCAGAAAAAGAAGAAGAUAAAUACAAAUUUAACAACAGCUGUGUGUUCAUUCUGAUGCGAGCCCAACCAGACAAUCCUGUGGUGUCAUCGCUUCCUGAAAACAUUGAGCCCGGGACGCGCGUCACAGUCAAAUGCUCAGUCAAGCACACCUGCCCCUCUCAUCCCCCCGGCAUCACCUGGAGCAUCCCGACUGCCCGAGAAACAGUCAGCCACCAGAGCGUGAGCGGAGGAGUCUGGGAAACAGUCUCCACUGUGACCUUUAUCCCGACCGGAUACGAAGAGAUAGAUGAAAUUGUUUGCAAUGCAAAGUUUUGGGGUGAUAAAGUGGUGAUGGUUAAUGGUUCAACUGAACUGAGUGUCAAAAGAAUUCAAGGUGUUGGAAUGGAGAUUUAUGGGCCGUGUGUUAUAGCUCCUGUACUUGUGCUACUGCUUUGCACUGCAGUUAUCGUAUUCAAGAAGAGACGCAGCUCUAGGAUGUCCGAAAUAAAAGCUGUCUGGAAUAACCUUAGAGGAGAAGUGAAUUACAUCAGGUUUCACAACGAAAUAUCUCCAUAAAAGGACACAUGGAAAUGGAAGACUGCAAUGUGUGGGCGGAGUGUAAUUACAUCUCCAAGGAUUUGGUUUAACACCGGCAUGAUUAACUUUAUAGAUUAACUCCAACUCAAUUACAGUUUACUCUAAAUAUGUUAAAUUUACUCUUUGGGUGUUGAAUUCAACUCAGAAAUGUUUAACUGUGAAAUUUUAACUCUCCAAUGUUUGCUGUGUUGUUUGAGUUGUAUUUCUGGGAAAUUAUUAUAUUUUGUCAUUUUAUAAUUAGUCAUGUAUAUAUCUAACAUACUAGAUAUUAAAAUUUGACGUAAUUCCUAGAUUUGGCAUUUUUUUCUUGCUGAGACAGUAAUACAAGUGUUUAUUUUCUAGAAAUACCACAAGGAUCUGAAUGGUUUCAUACCUUCAUAACAAGCUGACUAACAUGGUAAUUAUCAUAUUUAUGGGAAUAUAGCCAUCAUUUUGUUAUAAUGCACAAGAUGUAAUCACAUGAAAAAU